AUGUCUGUCCCAAGCAAGCAGACACAAGAGAAUUCCGAAGUUUCGGAUCCAUCGACGCAUCAAGACGAUCUCUCGGAUCUGCUAGCUGAAUACCCAUUCGGUCACAUAAAGCGCGGAGCCCACGAAGUCCACGAACUACAGGGCGUAUCAAUGAACCGCAAGGACGUCGUAGAUCUACUAGACGCUUACGCAGCCCUAGACAUCUGGUUCUACGUCCCCAACCCUCACUCUGACCUGAAACAACUAGAAGCCAACUUCUACCUUUCCGACAACAACAUCUCCGCCACCAACACGCGCCAUUCCGCCAUUUUCUCAUCUGCGUAG